AUGACCGAUGAGCCAGAUUCAAUCCCUCGACGAUUCUCUUUUAUUAGUUCUACUAGCGAAGAUCAGACAAAUUUUAGUGGCAGAGCAGGCAUAGUACUUAAUAUUGAUCGAGAAAAACCGGCUUCGGCCGACGAGAUGCUACCAACAGUGUUUUCAAUCGGUGCAGCUUUAGUUGGUCUAGCCGCAGCACCACUCUGGACAGCACAAGCUAAUUAUCUAAAUCAAAUUGCACGCUAUCAUGCCCAAUAUAAGAAACAGUCCGAUGAAAUAUCAAUUAGUCUUUUCUGUGGCAUUUUUUUUGCACUAUUUAGUACUAACAUUAUUUGGGGCAACUUAAUCUCUUAUUUUGUUCUAAAUCAAUCGAGCAAUUUACAAAAAAUUAAUUGUGGUGUUAAUUUUGACCCACGAUGGGCUCUACCAACAAAUACUACUCAGAAUGUCGAUGAUACGACAGUAAGUGUCGCAUCAAGCUCAUUUCUUAGAUAA